UGCUGCGUUGUUUGAAAACCUACCUGCAGGUCCUCUGUAAUGCCUGUCAAACACAGCAGAUCUUUAUUCGACACAUUUUCAACCGGAUAACCCCGAUCUGGCGUUUGGAUUACUACUUUAGUUAUUGUAAAUCAAUUCAUUGUUUCUUUUUUUUUUUAGCUAUUUUUUUUAUAGCGUUUGGACUUGUCCCCAGUAACGGGUACAGUCACACAGUGUCCCCACAACAGCUGACUGGGUCGCAGACAGGAGACGCACGCGUGUAUCCUCCUUCUGGUUGGGAUUUCUUUUAAAACAGGAAGACUGAAAGCUGGUCAACAUGUCGCUAAGCAGAAGUAUUGAAUUUGAACACUUUGAGGAACGAGAGAAGCCUCACCGGACACCGAGGACUAACUCUGGCUCCGGGUCCCAGUCCGGCUCCAGAGGGAACGGGGUGGUCCCCAGCCCAGCGAACAGUGCGCACUGUAGCUUCUACCGGACCCGCACCCUCCAGUCCCUCACCUCUGAGAAAAAAGCCAGAAAAGUGCGGUUUUAUCGCAAUGGGGACAGAUAUUUUAAAGGUUUGGUGUAUGCCAUAUCUAGCGACAGGUUCCGGUCCAUGGAUGCUCUGCUCAUGGAGCUCACAAGGUCUCUGUCGGACAAUGUCAACCUUCCUCAAGGAGUCCGGACCUUAUACGCUUUGGAUGGAGGCAAGAGGAUCACCAGUCUGGAUGAGUUAGUAGAGGGUGAGAGUUAUGUGUGUGCCUCAAACGAGCCCUUCAGACGAGUGGACUACAACAAGAACGUUAACCCUAACUGGGCCGUGGGCAGCAAAACAGGCACAUCGCGCUCCCUCUCCUGUCUCCUCCCGUCCAAGAGCGAUCUGCAGCGUGAGUCCAAGGACUUCAUCAAACCCAAACUAGUCACAGUCAUCCGCAGCGGAGUGAAACCCCGCAAAGCAGUGCGGGUGCUGCUCAACAAGAAGACGGCUCACUCCUUUGAUCAGGUGCUCACUGACAUCACAGACGCUAUCAAGCUGGACUCUGGAGCUGUGAGGAGGCUGUACACUUUGGAGGGCAAGCAGGUUAUCUGCCUGCAGGACUUCUUCGGGGACGAUGAUGUGUUUAUUGCGUGUGGCAUGGAGAAACACCGCCAUACGCAGGAUGACUUCCUGUUGGAUCACAGUGGUAAGGCUUCCACAGCCUUUGUGACUGAAUGCAGAGUGAUAAAGUCGUCGCACAGCCGCUCUGCGACUCCAAACCGGUCCGCCAAGAGCCCCGGACCCUCCCGACGCAACAAGUCCCCCGGUGCAGCAAGGCAAACUGUCCACUUCUCCACCAGCCAGUCUCCAGUCAAAUCCCCAGUGAACGGUAUCUCCAUCAGCCAGAUCUCAACUCCGAAGUCCACCAAGUCCUCCACUCCGUCCCCCACCAGCCCCCGAACCACCCCCACUUUCAAGAUCCCUCCAACACAUCACACCCCGUGUGCAAAUGCAAAUGGCUCUCUGAACAACCACCAGGAGCAAAACAAUCCACUCAGUCCAGAGGCAGUUAAUGGGAACGGCUACCCGCCUGCCUCUGCCAUAUCUGAGAAAUACAAGAUUGGGAAGGUCAUCGGAGAUGGGAACUUCGCUGUGGUCAAAGAGUGUGUGGAGAGGUCCACCGGAAAAGAGUUUGCAUUGAAGAUCAUCGACAAGGCCAAGUGCACUGGAAAGGAGCACCUCAUAGAGAAUGAGGUGGCAGUGCUGCGGAGGGUGAAGCACCCCAACGUCAUCAUGUUGAUCGAGGAAGUGGACACUCCCUCUGAACUCUACCUGGUGAUGGAGCUAGUGAAGGGCGGAGAUUUAUUUGAUGCCAUCACGUCCUCGGCCAAGUACACAGAGAGAGACGCCAGGGUGAUGGUGUACAACCUGGCUGCAGCUCUGAAGUACCUGCACAGCUCCAGCAUCGUCCACAGAGACAUCAAACCAGAGAACCUGCUGGUGUUUGAGUAUCCAGAUGGCACCAAGUCACUGAAACUGGGGGACUUUGGCCUGGCCACGGUGGUGGAAGGACCUUUAUACACUGUGUGUGGAACGCCUACAUAUGUGGCUCCAGAAAUCAUCUCGCAGUCAGGUUAUGGUCUGAAGGUGGAUAUCUGGGCUGCAGGUGUCAUCACCUACAUCCUCCUGUGUGGCUUCCCUCCAUUUAGAAGUGAGAACAACAUGCAGGAGGAUCUGUUUGACCAGAUCCUUCUGGGGCGACUGGAGUUCCCCAGCCCUUACUGGGACAACAUCACUGACUCAGCCAAGGAGCUGAUUGGGAAGAUGCUGCAGGUGAACGCUGAGGCUCGGUACUCAGCGCAGGACAUCCUCUCCCACCCUUGGCUCACGGACGAGGCAGUGAUGGAGAACAACAUGAAGAUGGAGGUGACAGGUAAACUGAAGACGCACUUUAACUCUGCGCCCAAUCAAAACCACACCUCGGCCGGGGUGACCGUCAUCAUGAGCACGGCUCUGGAUAAGGAGACCCUGCAGCUCGCCUCCCGCCGCCCUCGGCCUCAGACUCUCUCGUGUCCUCCCUCGGCGGCUGGAGACACCGUCCCUCCUGCAGUCAAACCAGCGUCUCCCACCAAACAGGCAUCCCCUGCCAAAAAAACUAAACCCUCCACGCCUGCUCGAGUCAAAGCACCGAACACCGCUGCUGUGCCUGAUGCUACCUCCCCCUCUGCCCCCCCCUGCUGUCUGUCCCUGACUGACGGAGAUUAUGUCCCUCCUUCUGCUCCUGUGAGGUCCAAUCAUAUCUCCUGUUCUCCCUCUGAAGAAACUCUCCCUGUUUCCUCUGAUCCUGAGAUAAGCACAUCUGCCGCCCCCGGCUUCUCUCUCCAAGCUCCCUCCCCCUCUGGCCCACCUGAUCUGUUCACCUGCAACUCUCCCUCCUCACCCGUCUCCUGCCCUUCCCCAUCAUCACCCAACAGUCCAUCCUCCCUUCCCCUCUCUUCUCCCUACAAACAGGCUUCUACUUCUCCCUCUUCUCCCGCUAAACCAGCCUCCCUUUCUCCCACGAAACAAGCCCUUAUUCCUCCCUCUUCUCCCGCUAAGCCUGCCUCUCUUUCUCCCUCAUCUCCCACCAAACUGGCUUCUCCCUCUUCCUCUCCCACAAAACCCUCCUCUCUUUCUCCCUCAUCUCCCACCAAACGAGUCUCUUCCUCAUCUCCUACCAAAGAGGCAACAUCCCUCUCUUCCUCUCCCACUAAACAAUCCUCCCCCUCCCCAGCCUCCCCCAUCAAACAGGUCAUUUUAUUCCCUUUCUCCUCCCCAACCAGACAGGAGCCUUCCUCCCCGUCUCCCAUGCAUCCCACCCUGUUUCCCUCUCCUCCCUCCACACCUCCCAGAUCAGCCUCCCCCCCCGCUGACCCUCCCUCUCUGAGCCCUGUACCUGCUGAGGAGCUGAUAGAGAUUUAAACGGUAACUCCAAUGUGACCCCUCGCUCCUUUUAUUUUCACGUGUCCGUAAACAUGGAGUAUUUCCAGUAGCUGUAAACUGAGCCAGUGACUGCUGUCCCUCUCUCUGUCCCUCUCUCUGUCCCUCUCUCUGUCCCUCUUAUCCAACUCAUGUUCAGAGACACAUGUUCUCUCAGAGUGUGUUUGUAUAUAUGUUUGUAUUUAUUAAUGGAGGAUGAGGAGAAAGGGAAUGAAACGGAGUGGUUUGUGUUUAGAAGUCAUGCAUUACUGUGUAACUUAAUGUGAAUUAUUUUGUUUAUUUAUCGUUAUCCCAUUUUGACUUGCCUGUGGCUCUUUUGUGAAUAGCUUUCCAUGACCACCACACAACUGCUUUAGCAAGAGACAGUAGAGUAAUACUACAUUAAAGUAUAUCAGAAUAUCAAAUGUCUGACCGUACUAGCCUAGCGUCCUGUAGUGCAACCCGGAUGUAACCACUAUCAGUUUGUGACAGCCCCCCCCCAUAUGGUAACCACAGCUUUUCCUAUAAAGUGUUACAGUACAUUACAGUAGGUUGACAACAUGUAGUUAUUACCUACCAAAUGAAUACAAAGGAGUUACAGUAGUAAAUGUGUCUGUCCACAGAGGUUCCUCACCUUUUUGGCUUGAAACACCUAAACAUAUACUUGUGAGCCCUUGUUAUGAGUUCUCUGCUUUUGGGCCACUCCUACCAAAGAUUCAAAUUAUUUCUAUUCGAAUACAUUUCAAGGCCUAAAAAUGAUUCAUCUUGCAAAGGGUAAAUAACAGGAUAAAACAUUCAGAUUUUGUUGCUUUCCAAUCCUGCUAAUCAUCUCCAAACCCCUCAGGUUUAUCUUGUGACCCCUCCAGAUAUCAUAAAAUAUGAGGUUUAUGUCACCACCACAAUACAAUGGAGGAUUUGUGUUUGUGGGGCCUGCAAGAUUAUUUUUAAUAACACAGAUUACAAUUAUUUGUAGUGAGAUACCAGGACACAACAUGGAAAUGUCAUUUUCAAUAAUACUGAUACAA